AUGAACAAGACGAUAGCGGUCCUAGCCAUAACUGGAGCUGUAAUCCUCGCACAAAGGGCCGGCGAAAUACCAUUUCUUGAAGAUGUGAGCGAAUCGGCUCGAGAGGAAUAUUUUUCAAUUCUCGAAAAUAUGGAUUUGACCUUUGCCCAACAAAAGGAUCAGAUUUAUGUCUGGGGAGCAAAAUAUGGAGACCAAAUUGCUGAAUUUGAUGAUAAUAUGGCUAAGUUGGAGGAAGAAAUCAGAAAGAAUGUUACUGAACUAAUCGCUCAGCUUCCUGAAGCUGUAAAGAAAGGGUACGAAAUUGUGGAUAACGAAGAUCAAACUCCUAAACAGUUUUUGGAGGCUCUCAAAAAACUUACCCAAGAAAAUCCUGCCGUAAGUUGA